UGAUCAACCUCACCAGCUCGUGGCAGUUAUCAUUGUAUUAUACUUAUUUAUAGACUGCUAAUUUCUUAGACUUUUUUUUUUCUGGAAAGAGACAGGGAGGUAAAUCAGUGCUGACAUUUGGAAUUCAUGAUAGUGGACCGUUUAAACGUGUAAACUGUGCGCUGACCCAGGUCAACAUUGAUCCAGGAAACCACUUGUCAAAGAUUUUCCGGCCGCAACCAUUUAGUAGAAUUUUAGCAAAAUGUCCGUGCCACCACAAUUUCAUACAAAAACACCUGUAACACGAAAACUACCAAAUAAAAUAAAAUCAGCAGAUAAGGCAGUUGGUCCACCACAGAUACCAGCCCUGAAGAAUAUAUGUCAUUUAUUUAAAUUAAGUCCAAUUUUGAACUUUGAAACUACUCCUGCUAAAUUCAAGAUAUAUGCUACAUCUCUCACAUCUUAUUGUCAGUCAAAAACAAAGGAAAUUCAUUCAGUGUCUGUUUCUUCCUGUAAUUUUACAACACUCGAAGGAUUUAAAGUUUCUGAAACUGACAAAGAUGCUGUGCAAUUGACAAUGUAUACCAAAAACGGCACUCGAAAUAAGAUGAUACUACUGGCACUUAUGUGCUGUGUAGAUUUACCACCACAUUUUGCUGCACUUGAGAAGUCAUUUUCAUGCUACCCAGUUAUGGUCAUUAGAGGAUCUAGCAUGCUUAAAUCUUGGACUUGUGAGUGGUUUGAGAAAGAAUUUCAUGCUAAAAUCAGUCCAUUACAUUUUUCAUCAAUUGAUCUUUCUUGGAUGUUAUCAUUAUGGACUGGCAAGAUCAACUUUGAUUUGAGUUCACCUACCUAUCUUGUGUUUCAAGUACCUGAUGAGAUUAAGGGAAUGAAUGAAGUUAAAAUAUCAAUUGAUACAAAAGAUUUACAGUAUGUUUGGGACAAAAUUCACCCAGACCCAAAUGAUAGUGAAUUUACAAUUGAUCAAGUAAAUGAAUUCAUAUCACAAAUUGAAUUAUUUUACUAUGAGGUUUUGAAAUUAAAAAUCACUUCACUGAAAUUAAUCAAAAUCAGGAAUGCUUUGGCCUCAGUCUCUGUUAACGGAGUGUUCAAACUCUGUUCUUCAAAUCAUCUUGUUCAUAUUCUUCGGUUAUUCUGCCAGAUGUCUGUAGAACAACUGAGUUUUAUUUACACCAUUUGAUGGAGAAUAUAUCAUUGGUUUAUUGUCUGUAUUAUGACUUAUUUUAUUCCUAAUCUGUAUAAUAUUCUUUUAUAAGAAAUCACUAUUUCAAUAAAACAUAUUUUUUGCACUUCAAAAAAAAUUUUACAGAAACUACAAACAAAAAUCAAUGACUGUUUUAGUUUAUUGACUUAUAAAUUAAGCUUGUUUUCCAUAUAAAACUUGAAGCAAACUACAUCACUUCUAUGAUGGUGAUGCUUAUUUAUAUAUGUUCAGUUAUGUGUAUAUGUAUGUAUAUAUUGUUACAAACGCAAAAAAAAAAUUCAAUUUAACGUUUGUGCAAUGCAAAUGUCAUUCUGUGCAUUCAAAAAGAAAAAAAAAGGAAAUAAAAACAUGAAGUCCUUUUUAAAGCAAAAAGAAAGAGAAAAAAAGCAAAAGCAAUCGGAUAGUCCAUGCUGUGAGAAAAGGAAAGAGGAAAAGAAAAGAGACUUUAAAAAGGGCACCAGAUGGGGAAAACACAAGAGAACACUUGAAAUGAGGAGAGGUUGGAUUCAUCGUUAGUGAAUGUAUAUUGAGCAUCAACUGGAUUUUACUGAUGAUUAUUUGUGUAUAUUUUAUUCACUUGAUGUCCUUUUCUGCAUAUAUUAUAAUGUGGACAUUCAAAACAGGCCAGCAAUAUUAAUAAUUGUCAUUUCCUUUCAGAAUAACAUUUGUAUUGUAUAAUAUUGUAUAUUUUGUGCCUUAUUGUUAUUGUAGUAAAUUUCCAAGUAGCAUUUUAA